GAGAGAGAGAGAGAGAGAAAGGUGGGAACUUUAGAGCAAUGGAGGGGUCAUGUCAGCAGUGCACAAGGCCCACUAUGAGCACUGGACUGGUUGGGUCUCUAGUCUAAAAGAUGAAACAAGAGUGAGUGUUUUCAUGAUCUCUUUCUCUUUUGAUUCUUGAUCUCUGAAUCAACGCUUUGAGCUUUUUGACAAGAGGUUGUUAUUGGGAGAAAGAUCAGAAAUUUUCAAUCAAUGAUUUAUUUCUCUUUUAUUCUUUGAGCUUUGACAAGAGGUUGUUCUUGAGAAAAGUGGAUCUUUGAGGAGAAAGAGGAGAUCAAUGGCUUCUUCUUCUUUACUUUGUUGCUGGUUUUUUAUCUUUCUUAGCUUGGUGCUUCAAUGGCAGCAUGCCAUUGCUGAGCUUCAAGACCAGGCAGUCAUGGUGGCUCUCCGGAAAGAGCUCUCAAUCAAGGAAUGGGAGCUCGGUGAGCUCAGCUGCUGCGAUUGGCCGGGCGUCACCUGCGCCGGAGAGAACCGGACGGUGACGGUGCUUGACCUCUCUCGCCGGAAUCUCAGAGGUAACAUCUCUCUCAUAUCUCAGCUGAAAUCACUGCAAAGAUUGGAUCUUUCCGGCAAUGCAUUUCAUGGUUCAAUCCCUGAUUCUUUUGGUGAUUUGCUUGAGCUUGAGUUCCUUGAUCUCUCAAUGAACAUGCUUGAGAAUCAGAUUCCUGCUUCUCUUGGUUCCAUGAGAAAACUCACUGCUUUGAAUCUCUCAAACAAUGUGCUUGUUGGUGAAAUCCCUGAUGAUUUGAAGAAACUCAGAAAGUUGGAAGAGUUCCAGAUUUCUGCUAAUAAUCUGAGUGGAUCCAUUCCAGAUUGGAUUGGAUUGUUAACUAAAUUGAGAGUUUUUUCUGCUUAUGAGAAUGAUCUCAGUGGUGUAAUUCCUAGAAAUUUGGGACUUGUUUCUCAGCUUGAGAUGUUGAAUCUUCAUUCAAACCAGCUCCAAGGAGUGAUACCAGAGAGCAUCUUUCAAUCUGGGAAACUGGAGGUUUUGAUUCUCACUGUCAAUAAAUUGAAUGGAAGUUUACCCGAUUCUGUUGGUAAAUGUAGAGGGCUUUCAAAUCUAAGAAUUGGGAACAAUAGACUUGUUGGUGGUAUUCCUAAAUCGAUCGGUAAUAUUAGUAGUCUUACUUACUUUGAGGCAGAUAAUAAUCAUCUAUCUGGCGAGAUUGUUCCUGAGUUCGCGCAAUGUGCGAACCUCACACUGCUUAAUUUAGCGUAUAAUGGUUUCACUGGAAUGGUUCCUUUGCAGUUUGGUGAGCUCAAGAAUCUGCAAGAGUUUAUAGUUUCAGGUAAUAGUCUAACUGGUGAGGUUCCAAGAUCAUUGCUGAAGUGUAGAAAUUUGAGCAAGCUUGAUCUUAGCAACAACCGAUUCAAUGGGAGCUUGCCGGCCGAUCUCUGUAAUACGACAAGGUUGCAGUUCCUUCUGCUUGGUCAGAACUCGAUCAGUGGGGAGAUACCGAAGGAGAUUGGUAACUGUGUGAGGCUGCUUGAGCUUCAAUUGGGUAGCAACUAUCUUACCGGAGAUAUCCCUCCAGAGAUCGGUAAGAUUAAGAACUUGCAAAUAGCUUUGAAUCUCAGCUUCAAUCAUCUCCGAGGCGUGUUGCCUAGAGAGUUGGGGAAGCUCGAUAAGCUCGUCUCACUUGAUGUCUCAAACAAUCAACUCUCUGGAAGUAUUCCGCUUGAACUCAAAGGAAUGCAGAGUUUGAUUGAAGUUAACUUCUCAAAUAAUGAGCUAAGUGGACAAGUGCCGAUCUUUGCUCCGUUUCAGAAGAGCACUCUUUCAAGCUUCUCAGGCAAUGAAGGGCUUUGUGGUGAUCCAGUGAAUGUUACUUGUAAUACUUACUAUGAGCUCAACCAUCACAAAGUAUCAUACAAGAUAAUUUUGACUGUUGUUGGUUCUGGCCUGACUGUCUUUGCAACAGUAUCAGUAAUAGUUGCGCUGUUUAUGUUGAAAGAGAAGCAAGAAAUGGCUAUGAAGGCAAAAAUGGCGGGCGGGGAUGCACUUGUGACACCGCCACCGGUAGUAGCUGCAAAUGUCUUUGUUGAAAGCAUGAAACAGGCAGUGGAUUUCGACAGUGUCGUGAAGACAACGUUGAAUGAUUCAAACAAGAUGAGCAAUGGAACAUUCAGCAUAGUCUACAAAGUGAUCAUGCCAUCGGGACUUGUUUUAUCGGUGAAGAAGCUAAAAUCAGUGGAGCGAACUGUUGUUCAUCACCAGAACAAGAUGAUAAGGGAGCUUGAAAGACUGGGAAACAUCAACCACAUCAAUCUGAUGAAACCUAUCGGUUAUGUUAUAUAUGACGAUGUUGCUCUCUUGCUUCACCAUCACAUGCCGAACGGAACACUAGCUGAACUUAUUCAUAACACUGAUAAAUCAGAAAGCGAACCAGAUUGGCCCCGAAGACUAUCAAUUGCGAUCGGAGUUGCUGAAGGAUUGACUUUCCUUCAUCAUGUAGCAACUAUUCACUUAGAUAUCUCUUCGUCUAACAUAUUCCUCGACGCCCAUUACAAUGCUUUGGUCGGAGAAGUAGAGAUCUCAAAGCUCUUGGACCCAUCCAAAGGAACAGCUAGCAUCAGUGCGGUUGCAGGAUCAUUCGGUUACAUCCCUCCGGAAUAUGCUUAUACAAUGCAAGUUACAGCACCUGGAAAUGUAUAUAGUUUUGGAGUGGUGUUACUUGAGAUCCUCACAAGUAGAUUACCAGUUGAUGAAGUGUUCGGCGAAGGGAUUGAUCUGGUGAAAUGGGUUCACAGUGCACCAAUUCGAGGAGAAACUCCGGAGCAGAUAAUGGAUGCGAGGCUAAGUACUGUGUCGUUUGCAUGGCGGAAACAGAUGCUUGCAGCUCUGAAGGUAGCCAUGCUCUGCACCGAUUCCACUCCGGCCAAACGACCUAAGAUGAAGAAAGUAGUCGAAAUGCUUCUCGAAGUAAAGCAGACUUGACAACCGUAUGAAUAAUUGGGAUUUCGUCUUUCUUUCUAUGAUUUGGAGAGCAUGAAUCAAUGGAGUUGAAACAGGCGUUGUUGGUUUGUUCCUAUAGCAUGAUAAUUCAUAACUGAGUGAGCAUCUGAAGCUGCAUGAAACUCAAAACAUGGUACACAGGCUUCAAACAGAGCCAUCUUUACCAGUUCUCUUGUAAUUUUGAGAGAUAUGAAAGAAGAAAAGAGUACUCUUAUAUU